AUGGCUCCCUCACCACGCGUUGUCAUUAUUGGAGCCGGCAUCGUCGGCGUCAAUGUCGCCGAUGAGCUGGUCUCCCGCGGCUGGUCAGACAUCACCGUCGUCGACCAGGGUCCCCUGGACAUGCCCGGCGGAUCUACCUCUCAUGCCCCUGGCCUUGUCUUUCAGACCACCACAUCCAAGACAAUGACCGCUUUCGCCAAGUACACUGUUGAGAAGCUUCUGUCUCUUGAUUGCUUCAGACAAGUUGGUGGCUUGGAAAUUGCCACCACCCCUGAGCGCUUGGAGGAGCUCAAGCGAAAGAAGGGAUAUGCCUCUUCAUUUGGUGUUGAGGCGCAUCUCAUCAGCCCUGAGCGAUGUCUCGAGAUGUACCCUCUUUUGAACAAAGAUCUUGUCCUCGGUGGCCUGCACAUUCCUACCGAUGGUCUGGCACUAGCUGCCCGCGCUGUCCAAGAACUUAUCAACCGCACCCGCAAGGCCGGAGUGCGUUAUCUUGGCUCAACAACUGUCACUAGCAUCGACCACGCCGACGGUCACGUUUCAGGCGUCGUGACACGUGAUGGCACCAUUCCCGCCGAUAUUGUCAUCUCAUGCGCUGGUUUCUGGGGCGUCGAGGUGGGAGCAAUGGUUGGCGUGCCCAUCCCUCUAACGCCCAUGGGCCAUCAGUACGUCAAGACGACUCCCGUACCUGGUCAGGCGGCCAGGGUUCCAGAGCCCAACGGCGUGAGACUCCCCAUUCUGCGACAUCAGGACCAGGAUCUGUACUACCGCGAGCACGGUGACCAUUAUGGUAUCGGCUACUACGGUCACCGACCGAUGCCAGUUGUGGCCGCCUCGUUGGGCGAGACACCCAAGCACGUCACCGAGCAUAACAUGCCAUCUCGCCUCGACUUUACUCCCAAGGACUUUGAGCCCGCUUGGAAGCUCACUCAGGAGAUUCUCCCCACUCUGCGAGAGACCGAGAUUGCGAGUGGGUUCAACGGCAUCAUGUCCUUCACACCGGACAACGGCCCGCUUGUUGGCCAGGCCCCUGGCUUCGACAACUUCUAUGUGGCCGAGGCUGUGUGGGUGACGCAUUCCGCGGGCGUGGCUCGAGCCCUGGCUCAAGUUCUGACGACGGGCAAGUCUGAGCUCGAUCUCACUGAUUGUGAGCUCUCGCGAUUCGAGCAGGUCCAACUUUCUCCUGGCUAUGUUGUCGAGACAUGCUCGCAGAACUUUGUCGAGGUCUACGAUAUUAUCCACCCUAUGCAGCCCAAGGAGUCACCUCGAAACCUACGCGUCAGCCCAUUCCACUCUCGCCAACAGGAUCUUGGCGCCUAUUUCCUUGAGGGUGGUGGCUGGGAGCGUCCUCACUGGUUCGAGUCCAACCAGAAGCUCAUCAAGGAUCUCCCUGAGGAGUGGAAGCCCGUCGAGCGUGAUGCCUGGUCAUCUAGGUUCUAUUCACCCAUCUCUGCGGCAGAGGCUUGGAAGACACGAACUUCAUUGGCCAUGUACGACAUGACCCCCAUUCGCAGGCUUGAGGUGUCUGGUCCUGGUGCUGCAGAGCUUCUUCAGCGUCUAUCGACUGCGAAUGUUGCUGGAAAGCCCGGCACUGUCACAUUUACUCUUCUCCUCGACGACCAUGGAGGUAUUCGCAGCGACGUCUUUGUGUCCAGACUCUCGGAGGACUUGUUCCACGUCGGUGUCAACGGCCCUGUCGACUUGGCCUACUUUACCCGGGAAGCUCGUGUUCAGACCAAGAAGUCUCCAUACCGAUUUGUCGAAGUUCGCGACAUCACUGGAGGCCUCGCCAGUGUCGGUUUCUGGGGACCUCGUGCUCAAGAUGCGAUCAAGUUGAUCACCAAGGACGAUUUUAGCGAGCGGGCUCUUCCCUAUCUCCAUACCAAGAAGGCAGUCAUUGCGGGCAUCCCCGUCAUUGCAACGAGGUUCUCGUACAUUGGAGAGCAGGGCUGGGAGAUUUACACAACUGCCGACAACGGCUUGAGACUCUGGGAUGCUCUCUGGCAGGCUGGUCAUCCAUAUGGAGUCAUCGCCGCUGGUCGAAGCGCUUUCAACGCCCUACGAAUCGAGAAGGGCUUCCGGUCUUUUGGCAUUGACCUGACAACUGAGUACGACCCUUAUGAGGCUGGACUUGAGUUUGCCAUUCAUCCUGGCAAGGAAGGCUAUGUUGGACAUGCUGCGCUUAAGGGCAAGUCCAGUGAGAAGGCUGCUAAGCGACUCCGUGGUCUCAUCAUCAACGACGGACGCUCAGUGGUUCUUGGAAAGGAGCCAGUGUUCGCCAAGGGUCGAGCAGUCGGUUACAUCACCAGCUCAGCAUUCGGAUACAGCAUUGGCAAGCCCAUCGCGUACGUCUACCUCCCCAAGGACGUCAUCGACGGAGACACAGUCGAGAUUGAGUACUUUGGCCGCCGUAUCAAGGCGACGGUCGCGGAUCCGGCUCUGUACAAGCCAGAGUCGAGUCCCUAUGGACAGACUAGCACGGCCAGCUUCUCGGCUCGUCUAUGA